GACUGUCAAAGAAAAAUGAUGACCUCGUCGGAAACGUCGGAAGUGGAGCAUCCGGACGGCACUGAAGACUCGGCGAUCUUGGAGGUGAGCACCAUGGCGGUUGGUAGAAUCAUCAAGCAGGAGAGUCGUGAUGUCGACUUUGUAUCCAACUGCAGCACCUCCAUCGAGGGUUCCGUGGUGGCAUCUCCUUCUAUCGAUAGUUUCUCCACAUUGCCAGAUCAGGAGAUAUCAGACUUCCAGAUGGAUUCGCGUGACUUGCAAGUGAAAGUAGAUAGUCCACAAAAACACCUGGAAACUUUGGAGACUUAUAUUACGUUCCGUAUAACGACUAGAACUACACGUCCAGAAUUCGAGGAAAGCGAGUAUAUAGUUCGCAGGCGAUACAAUGACUUCAUUUGGUUACGCCAGAAAUUAGUGGACACCUAUCCAACACACAUUAUACCACCGAUGCCAGGCAAACACACAUUGCUCGCUCAACUAGAUCGUUAUUCCAAGGAAUUUAUCAUAGCGCGUAUGAAGCUGUUGCAUAUAUUUCUGAAUAGAGUGGUGAAUCAUCCUAUUCUCAGUUGCGACAAGAAUCUCCAUAUCUUUCUCACAACGAAAUCUGCAGAGUUUCUCGUUCAUCGUAAAAAUCGUGGGAAUGUACUUGGCAAGGUGACCGAUUCCUUGCAAAAUAUAGCAACUACUUAUACGAUGAAACAGCGUCAUUUGGAGUUUGAACAAAUUCGGGACUACUGUACAGCAUUGAGUGAAAAAUUGUCGGCCAUAGAUAAAAUCAAUCAUCGCAUACAUAAAGAAAGACAAGAUUAUUUAUUGGAGCUCCAUCAAUUGCAUCCUAUAUUUACACUGUGGGCAACCUCAGAACCAGAACUUGCGCCUAUUUUAUUGGCAAUCGCUAAAGCGGUGGAAGCGAACACAGUAGCUCAUCAGAAACUUCUGGAGAAUGUUCCUAGUGACGAACGUGAAUAUGUGUCAUACAUAGAAGCGGUGAAGAAUGCAUUAUCUCGACGCGAUUCCAUGCAGAUCGAGUAUGAAUUAACAGUUGAUGUAUUAGCGAAAAGAAGAUUAGAAAAGGAUCAGUUGGUAGGAAAUCCAAGUUGCACAAUUCCUGCACAAGGCUGGGGCGGAUCUCUGUGGAAAGCAGAAUCUCGCGAUGAAAAAUUAGAGAGACUUGGUCAGACUAUUCCACGAUUAGCCAAGCAAGCAGAGAUAUUGCAAGAUCGCGUGGAAUGCGCGAACGAGAAUUUGCGAAGCGAUUUUCAGAGAUGGAAUGUAGAGAAGCAACAAGAUUUGAAGCAUAUGCUAAUCGCGAUGGCGGAUCGACAUAUCAAACACUAUCAGCAGUGCAUGAAUGCAUGGGAGGACAUUCUUACCGGCCUCAAGUUGGACGGAAUCGGAUCUGAUGUUAACGUAGGACCGCCUGUUAAGAUACCUGUUUGAAUUGCUAGUCUUUU